AAAAAAAAUGAAACAAAAGGAAGAAAAUGUUAGUUAAAGAUGGUUCUGUAAUUUAGCUCCUGCUCUUCAACAAAAACUAAAAUUUCAAAAUAUAUAUAUGACUAAUUAGAUUUUAAGUGAGUCUUCCCAAAAGUGAACUAACUAUAUUCUUAUUAUAAUUUAAGAAUUUGAAAGUGAAUUAUUUUUACAGCUAGAAAAUAAGUCAUUUCAUUUGUGAAUGAAUAAGCGAAUUAAAUGGGUCUAUUGGACUUUGGAUAACAUAACAUCAACUUCCCUAACAAGAUCAACAUUGCAGAGAUGAGGCGGUUUUGGUACGCCAAGUACGCAAUUACAUUGCUGGCGUCAACUGCUCUGACGUUCCACCUGCUUCAUUCACGAAUUAACGUAACCAUUAAUAAAACUACAUUUCCAUCACAAUCACAAAAUCUGCAUUUACCGCCUUCAAACUAUAUAUUCACCAAAAGCACGACAUACUUGAAAAGAAAAUUAUCUCAGGGCAAUGCAGGAAUGUUCAGCAAAAGUCAAGUUUCCCCUGCCUGGGUAGUUCUCCCAGGCAACAUUACUGUUCAUGAGGGUUACCAAAAUGUGCCGUUUGAAAUUUCUUAUGAAAUGAACACUAACAUAUGUGAUGACUUUGAUGAAUCUAGAAGGAAACUGCUAGUAUUUGUGGCUUCCAGUGCCGAUCACUUCAUGCAAAGAAAAGCAAUACGGGAGACAUGGGGUCUAAAGUUACUCCAGAAUGCUUACAACUAUAGAAUAGUGUUCCUUCUUGGAAAAGGUCAACAACACAAGCAAGAUUUGAUUGCAGAUGAGGGAUAUCGAUAUGGUGAUCUAGUCCAAAUCAACUUAACAGAAUCAUUUCGGAACCUCGGUCGGAAAUCUGUUGCAGGGCUUGAAUGGACAAGAACUUUCUGUCGUAAAGCAGAUUUUGUUAUGAAGACGGACGACGAUAUUCUCAUCCAUAUUCCAAAUCUACUCAACGCACUGAACAGUGUGAAAUCUCCUGACACUUUGCUUAUGUGCCAUGAAAACAGAAUGCGUAAAAUCUUACGCAAAGAUCUUCUGGAUCAAGUGUCUCUGCCACCUAGUUAUCAUAAAUACGAAGUGUCGGAAAAUGAAUUACCUGGGGAAUAUUAUCCGCCCUAUUGCUCUGGUAUGGCAUACGUAUUCUCAGCUGCGGUAAGGGACAGACUUCUAGAGGCAAGUUUCGUCACACCUGUUUUCUUCAUCGAAGAUGUUUAUUUAACUGGAUUUUGCCGACACAAAGCUGGUGUUGUCAUUACUCCCCACGUAGGUAUAACUCUUCGACCACCGAUAACUUUCUACCAGGCGGCGUGUAUUUUCAGGGACGGCCGCAUUACAUCACAAGAGGUCGACACUAAUGAGCUUCGUCAGCUAUGGGUGGAACUGAAUACACAGGGAUUCUUCUGCCCUCAGUUACUCGGUUACGCCCGGAAACAAGCUUAUCCGGCGUUACAUAGGAAUGAGCUUUACUAAUUAUUGUAGUGUUCUAUUUAUUUAUGACUGCAUUCCAAAGAACGGCUUAACGCACUUGCACAGUUCUCUACUUUCUGAGAUUAUUUUGUGAUGCGCGAUUUUAAUUCCCAAAACUCUUUCACCUCAUAACUUUUAACAUUUAUGUGAGUAACAUAUAUUCUGACAUUGUUUUCCACUUUUUCUGUUUUGUUAUAUCGUAUCAUUCAUUAUUAAUUUCUAUCAGUGGCCGAGAAGUUAAGACCAUUGAACUACAGUAGUUCCCCUGAGGCCAUUAAAGAUGGUUUCGUCUGAUGUCAUUCUAGUAUCAGGGCCAAAUUUCAGGUUUGAAAGAAAUUUUGCUCAGCAGCUGCAGUAAUUUUAUUUAAAUAAAUUUAUAUAUUCUUAAUUCAUAGUUCAACACAAAAAGAAAAAUACAGAAAUGUAAACAGAUUUCAGAACAUAAAAAAAAAUUAAGGUGUACAUAUUAAAUUUGAACUAUGAAAUUUCUUACUUUUAUAUUUAAAGUGAAUAAAUUGAUUAUUUGAUACCUGCUA